AACGGUUUCCAUAAUGAAUACGCUCCUGCUGUGAUACGUUGUUGUAGGAAGAAUACUUCUGGAUACAUUUGUGUCAUUGCGCCUAUCACCGAAAUAUUACUACAAACAAUGGAUGACUAUCAACCACUCAGUUGAAGUUUACAUAGACGUUUUGGCUUUAAAUUGGAUGCUAAAAAAAGCACAGUCUACUGUUCUCAUUGUGAGCAAAGCUUUUCCUACCAUCACAGCAAUAUACGCUUGCAAUACCAUUUGCGGGGGAAAAAAACACAGUGAUCUCCGACAACUCUAACAUGGAUUUCCGAGGGAACAUGGAUUUCCGAGGGUACCCCCUGUCCAGCAGUCUGGCCCCAAAUUUGAGGAGAAGGGGCGAACGGGGAGCAACAGGACUGGUUCUGGAUAGGCGCAAGUCAACCGUUUGGAAUUACUACAUCCAGCUUAAUGAGAUGUAUGUUGAGUGUAAUAUAUGCAAGAGGCAGUUGUCUUUUCACAACAGCACUACGACUAUGAGGGAGCACCUUGUCCGCAAACAUAAUAUACGCGACAACGCGCCACCUGUACUUGAUAACACAGCAGUGGCCGGGGCCCCGAUUCCAGCUACAUCACUCCAGCCAAGGGCCCAGCCCGGAUUCCCCUGCAACAUCUCUACUACAUCUGCCACAGCCAACACAUGUAUGUUCCAGACAGAUUUGCACAUAGUUGUAAAAGAGGAGCAGCAGGAUGCUGACUUAUCUCCUGAACAAGGGAUGGCCAAACGUGCCCGAAUCACAUGUGCUCCUCCCCUAGAUGUAGGAGGCGGUGCCAAUGCAAUCCCUGUCACCAGCCAUAGUGGUAUCACCACCAAAGAAUCCAAUGGCAAGCGUACUGGGGUUCUGACUUACCUAAUAUUGGAAAUGGUGUACAGGGACUUUCAGCCACUGUCUGUGGUGGAGGAGAGGGGAUUUCGUCUUCUAUUGAGCUACUUAGAACCACAGUACCCAGUGCCGUCUCCCUCUCAGCUUGGCAGCCUCCUUUGGCAUCACUAUGAUGUUCUGAAACGGCACCUGCAGCAGUAUCUUCAGUCUGGCCUGGCUCCACGUUGCAUAACACUUUGCACUGAGUACUGGCAGUCCGUAGCAGGUUGUGCGGUGGGAGCAGGCGGUCGCCUCUUCUUCACUGUAAGUGCACAUUUUGUUGACAAAGACUGGCGCUUGGCCCGUUGUGUGCUGCAGACCUGUCCCAUGCCCGAUAUCAGGGAGAAGAUUUGUGAAAGAGGGUUCAUUCAAUUUGGGGACACGCUGAAGGCAGUUCUCUCUGAAUUCCAUCUUCCCCAGAGCUCUGUUUUCUGUGUUGUACAUGACACUCCCAGGAUCUCGGAGGCCAAAGGGACUGAGAAUAUGGGAGUUCCGAAAGAAAAAGUUAAUCGUACUGCUGGACCACACCAAUCACCUCAGGAUCUCCCAGAAGGCUGGGUAGCGUUACACUGUGCAGGGGAAGCCCUCAAACUCUGCAUCCAGGACGGACUAUGGAUGGAACCUGUCAGACAGGCUCUUGCGGAGGCCCGCAGGAUUAUCUCACAUUUCCAGCAUGAUGCACCUGCUGCCGCCGCUCUGAUCCACAAGGCAGAAGCGGCGAAUAAGGCAGGCGCUUGUCUAGUGCUGGAUGACCCAGGGCGCUGGGCGACUGCUAUCGACAUGUGUGAGAGUCUGCUCGAGCUGAAGUGGGUGGUGAGCUCCGUUCUCGAGGAGCAGAAAGCUGCUCCAAAUUUAGCGGACCACCAGUGGCGCCUCCUCCAGGAACUGGUGCCAGUACUUAAGACCGUGCGCAUCGCUGCCUCCUUCUUGAGCGAGGACAUCAAUUUGUCCAUCUCCGCCCUUAUGCCGUGCCUGCAUGGUGUAUCUCGUGUCCUAGAGCAACAUAUCGCAGAGACCAGCUGCCCUGUGGCUCGGGGAGUAAUGGAGACGGUGCGGUCAGGGAUGGAGCGACAGUGGAGACUGGGUGAAGAGGAAGCCUUACUGGACAGCCCUGCCGUCCUCUCCUCAUUCCUGGACCCAAGGUUUAAGGAGCUGCGCUUCCUCAGCCCACAUGCACGUAGUAGGCUGCACGACAAGGUCAAGGAACUAUUAUCUGCCCAAGCACAAAUAGAGGUGGAGGAAAUGAGCAGAGAGUGUGACAAAGGAGGCGAGGAUGAGGAUGGCGAAGAGGGAAGGGAAAAGGAAGUGAGGAAUCGGGGAUUGGAUCACUCACAGUCAACCAUUGCUCCUCUGGAUUCACCUGUGUCCUGUGAAUCAAAUGAAGAGGGGGACAUUAUUGUGCUGCAGCAACAGUUAAAGGGGCUGUCCCAGACUGCCCCGUCACAGGUCAGUGGAGAGGGACUGGGUGAAGGCUCGCGCUGCAGUGCUGGAAAUGGUCCCAGGAGAGUAGCAGGACUGUCUAGCCUGUUAAAAGGAGACCUGCAGCCCCCUGCUUAUAGGCAAGUGAGUCAUGUGCCCAAAAGCAUGUACGACAUACUGCUUGGAGAGGAUCCCACUGAGCGAAUGCCUGAGAUCCACCAACAGCUGGGGAACUACAUUGCAGAGCCGCUGUGCAAACGCAGCCUGUCACCUCUCCACUGGUGGCGCUCUAAGGAGCAUCGCUUCCCUGCCGUGGCCAGACUUGCCCGCACAUUUCUGGCUAUCCCUGCUACUGCUGUGCCUGCAGACAGGGCCUUUGCUCCUAGAGAGACUACUGUUGCUCAACGCAGGGCCAUUCUGGGGCCCCAGCAUUUAGAUCAUAUUCUAUUCCUUCACCAGAACAGUGACUAUGUGGAGAAACUGAUGGGAGGGUCUACAGGGCAUGAAGAGAGGGGCAGUGACAGGAAUGGAGCCAAGCAGACUCUGUAUCAGUCUUUAGUGUCCUAUGAGAGCAAGGCUUGGGUGGGAGGGGAGAAGUUGUGAUCAGUCUACAUACCUUAUUUUAUAAAGUAAAGAACUAUGUUGUGCAUAGGCCUCCAUUCAUGCCCAAGAUGUAUCUGACUUCAACUCAUCUUGGAUGCAGAGUUUGAAAAAUCAACGACAACUACCUCCUAUUCAAGCGAAUUCUUGAAUACCUACAUAAAAAAUUCUAACUUAUUUGAUAUAUGGAGGAUCGCUAACCCUACGGGUAGGGAAUACUCCUUUUACUCUCAUGUUCGCAAGGUUUACACUCGAAUUGACUACUUUUUGUUGGAUGCUAGACUACUCCCUUAUACCUGUAAUGUGAGGUAUCAUGAUAUUAUAAUCUCGGACCACAGUCCACUCACCUUCUCCCUGAGAUUGGGUGACAUUGUACCAAACGAGAGGGUCUGGAGGUUGAAUCCUCAGCUCCUCACAGAACCA